AUGGCGUCUUUAAACGAGCUGGAUGCUCGCCACAUCCAAAAUAUGAGUGAGGCUACAACUAUUGAGCCUCACUGGGGAUACGCUGAUCGUGCCCUUCCCUGCACAAACGACAAGGGUUCUUGCGAGUACCUUGAUCUCGUCUACCACGCUCACGAUGUGAGCAUGCUCUACAGCGCAAUCCUCUGGGCUACUAUCCUCGGAAUCAUCUUCAUCUGGGCCAUUCUUCGAUUUGUCGGCAUCCCCUCAGCUCCAGCAAUUGCUUCCGGUAUCAACUCUAAGGCUGGCCUCACCAAGGUCCGCCGCAGCAUCGCUUCUUUUACUCGACGAUAUCUUCUCCCCGACGCCUGCCGCACCAUCUUUGGCCGAACUACUCGAUUCCAAGUUGGCGUUCUCCUGUCUCUUGUCGGUUAUCUCACUAUCUGGAGCUUCGUUGGCUUGACUUAUCAGACUUGGGUCACUCCCGUCAAAAACAUGCCUGGAGUCUACAACACUCGCACUUCUCUUGGUCCUUGGUCUGAUAGAAUCGGUAUUCUGGCCUACGCCCUGACUCCUCUAUCUGUUCUGUUGGCUAGCCGAGAGUCUGUUCUUUCUCUCAUUACCGGCGUGCCCUACCAGAGCUUCAUCUUCAUGCACCGUUGGUUGGGUUAUGUCAUCUUUGUCCAGAGUGGCCUUCACACCAUUGCUUGGUGCAUUGUCGAGAUUAAGCUUUACCAGCCUCAGCCUGACGUUGCCGCGAACUGGAUUGUCCAGGAGUACAUGAUCUGGGGUGUUGUGGCCAUGACCUUGCUGCUUCUCCUUCUCAUCGGCAGCACACCCUGGGGCAUUCGCAUGACAGGCUAUGAGUUCUUCCGCAAGUCUCACUAUGUUCUCGCCAUGGUUUACAUUGGCGCAUGCUGGGGCCACUGGAAGCAGCUCAAGUGUUUCCUGCUGCCAUCUCUCCUUUUCUGGUUCAUUGACCGUGGAUUCCGACUCCUUCGAACGGCCUACCUCCACUACCACCACCUUCCCUCUGGAAACAUGGGUUUCCAAGCUGCCCAUGCCACUAUCACUCGAUUCCCCGAUGAGGAACACGGCGACAUUCUCCGAUUCGAUCUCCAGAACGACCAAGACGCCUGGAAGGUUGGCCAGCACUACUUCCUCUGCUUCACCGAGAGCAGCAUCUGGCAGUCUCACCCCUUUACUCCUAUCAACGCUCCUUACGUCGAGAAUGGCGUUGUGAAGCACUCGUACAUCAUGCGCGCUCGUGGAGGUGAAACCAAGAAGAUGGCUGAGCUCGCCGUCAAGAAGCUCCAGACCUCUGAGACAGCUACCACACCCAUCAUCCUCACCGGCGCCUACGGUGAGUCCACCAUGGACCACGUCACACCUGACACCAACAUUGUCUGUGUUGCUGGUGGUACUGGUAUCGCCUAUGUCCUCCCCGUCCUCCUCGAACUUGCCCGGUCACCCAUCUCCCGAGACCGCAAGAUUGAGCUCAUCUGGGCUAUCCGUCACACUACCGACGCUGAGUGGGUUCAAGAAGAGAUGGAUCUCUUGCAACAAGCUCAGAAGGCCCUCAACCUCAAGAUCCGAGUCUACGCUACACGAGACGCCAGCAGCAGAACCGGCUCCCAAGUCCGAAUGGAGGACGAGAAGGAUGCCAAGGAUACUGCUAGACCUGUCCCCUCCUCAUCAUCCUCUUCUUCCGAUGUGAUCGAUGAGAGCUGUGCCUGCGGCACCGACGUCCCUGUCCGCAAGAUCGGUCAAGGUAUCGAGGAUGAGGACCGUCACCCCAACCUUCCCAAGCUUGUCAACGACUUUGUGAGCAACACCAUCACUGGUCCCACAACCGUCUUUGCUAGCGGCCCUGGAGGCAUGAUUAGCGACCUGCGCACGAUUGUGGCUGGCUGCAACUCUGCUGGACAGGUUUGGAAGGGCAAUGAGCGAUUCGACGUCAAGCUGGUCUGUGACGACCGCCUGGAGUGGUAA